AUGCUCAAGACCUGGAUCAGCAACGGCGAGCGCGUGCUGGCCAACGGGGUGGCGGUAUACGGGCAGAACUACUCUGUGUACCUGAUGGACGGGGUCCUGGAUAUCCCGCCAACCAUGCAGGAGCUGCUGCGCCAGGCCGUAGCAGAGGAUCGGAGCGCACGGAAGCAGGGCGCACGGAAGCAGAGCACAGAGCCGGCUGCCGCCAUCUUUGAAGCGGCGGAUCCGGCCGACACCGGCGAGUUCAGCUCCAUCGAGCGCCUGCUGGAUGCGGCCGGCUGGGCGCACGUCCUGGACAUGUCCGGCGGUGGCGAGGACGCGCUGGCGAUGCAUACGGUGUGGGCGUUCAGCAACCACGCGUUCGGCGAAGGGCUCAACUACGCCGAGCGCUACUACCUGCUGUACGGCCCUGCGUUUGCCAAGGAUGAUGACGAGCUGUACGCGGAUGCCAUUGCGGACACGCGCCGUUUUGCCGCCGGGUGCGUUUCGCCUGGGCCGGUCAGCAUUGCGCGCCUGGGAGCGGGCACGCACAAGAGUAAGUGCAGCGACUGGUGGCCACAGAAAACACUAUGCUGCGACGAUCGGGGCCCCGAGGGCGCCAGCGUGGGCCGCGUCAACGACCAGCCGAUCGGCAGGGCUGACGUCAUUGCCAGAAACGGCAUUGUUCACACUGUUGAUAAGGUGGCUCUGCCAGCCGCGCUGGCGUUCACGCCGCAAAAGAUGCUGGUUGGGCUGAAUGCGACGAUGUUUGUGCGGCUGCUCAAGGACACCGGCCUGGGUGACUACAUCGACGGCACGCAGCCAGCGCGCAAGCUGACGCUCCUCGUUCCCAACAACCGCGCGAUGGAGGACGCCUUUGGCUACGACCUCGGCGACGAAGACGACGGCCUUGCAAAGUCGCCGCGCGACCGGCAGCGCGAAUGGGCGCUGUACCACGUUGCCGACGGACAGAGCGGCGUUGCCGAGCUGCGUCGCUCGCCUCUGCUGCGCACGAAGCUGGCUGCGGACUGGACGGCUGGCAACCCGCAGGUUGUCAAGGCUCUGGUCGACCGCGCGCAGGUAUCGUUCAACGGCGCUGACAACAUAUUACCCGAGCCGCUCGUUGUCGGCAACACCACCAUCUACCUGCUGUCAUCGCCCAUGCCAACGCCUCCCGGCCUUAUAAACGCGCUGAUACAGGACCUGGACCUGUCUUUUCUGGCGCCGGUCACCGGCUCGUUUACGUCGCUGGGCUUGGUAUGGGCCUACCUGAGCCUGCCCGGCGAUUCGGAUGCGCGCACCGAUCUGAGCCGCCUGGUCAAGUCGCACAUUUUGAACAGACCCGUGUACAGCGACGAGGUGCCGCUGCACACCGAUAGCUCGGCAAAGACACUCAUGCAGUCCGGCGCCGUGCCGGGUGCGUUGGCGUUGGCGUUGGCGUUGGACCAGGCGCGCACGCAGGGCGGCAAGUACCGCAGCCUGCUGAGCGUGGCGGAUGCGAACACGCUAAAGAUCUCGGAGACUGACCUUUUGCUGCGCACUGGAGUGGCGCACGUGCUGGGCCAAGGACUGAUUCUCCCAGCCAAUGGCCCACAUUUUGCCGACUUGCUCGAGCGCUUUAACCUGACGUACGUGCUCGAGGAUCCACGCAUUCCUGCUGAUGCUGCUGCUGCUGCUGCUACAUCGAUCGUGGAGAAUGCGACUACUGGGCACAGUAGCAGGAGCCGUGAGAUUCCUGAUAGCGAUGACGGGGGCAGCGAUGGUAAUGGCAUCGUUGGAUACUCGCUUUUAGUCCCGUCGGACAAGUCGUGGCGGGAGAACGCAGCCUACCGCGAGCUUGUUCGCCGCGACCAUGACGAGCUGACUGUGGGCGACGACGAGAACCCCUGGCGCAACUCGACCACCGGAGACAUUGUUCACUACUUGGAUAUGCUCGUGCGCCUGCACAUCAUGCCCAUCAUUGACACAUCUGCGUCACGCCCGACUCAUGGUGUUCCUGAGAGCAAGCUGAUGCUGGCCGACCGCAAGACGUACCCGACCUUGCUGGGAAAUGUCAAGCUGCGCGUGUAUGAGUUUGCUAAUGAUCGGUUUUCGAUCCAGCUUGACAACCUGCCUUUUUACCAGUCGCCCGGCGGUACGCCCUUUGUGUCUUUCGCUACUGUAGUUAGGUCUGGGUAUGCGCGCUCGGGCGCUGUGUUUGAGCUAGAUACGCAUUGAGAUUGCCGCCUGAUGAUGAGUCUGGCGGUCCUGGUGGCUGGAAGAGGUUUGCGUGGAACUCCUUGGUGUGGAUUACGGGGAUUGGUAUGGGCUCGGGGCUGCUCGGCGUGUCUGGGUAUUGGGUACGCCAGUGGUGGACACGGUCAGACUACCAGUCUUUGUAAAUAACACGUCCCUCGUCUUUUUCGUUGUGCAGAAACAGUGGAAACAACAAAUCGCCCUAUAUUUUUUUUACUAUAUUACACAUACAUUUCUAUUUUCUCUCCGUUUUAAACAUCAAUUGUCGGCAACGCAAAAAAAAGGGAAAUAAAAAUUAUAAUUUGAAUAGGAAAUUAAUGUUAAAUAAAGAAAA